AUGGCCGACAAAAACGACGAAAAGGUAGUAACUACCAGCAUACCUUCAACGCCAACCAAUGAAUCCCAAACCACAAACACCGCCGAGCUCGAAAAGCGAGUGAUGCGCAAGAUCGACUUCUGGCUCGUCGGUUUCUACUCGGUAGUCUACAUAUUCCGAGUAAUUGACUCAAGCAACUACUCCAACGCGGCGAUUAUCAAUCUUGAAAACGGCACCGGAAUCAAACAAGAGCUCGGAUUCAGUCCCGCAGAAUGGUCGUGGACACAGUCGAUCUUCUCAUACAGCUACCUGUUCUUCGAACCAACGAACACCAUCCUCCUCAAGAGCUUCAGGCCAUCAAGAUGGAUGUUUCUGCUGAUUCUCUCGUGGGGAAUAUGCGCCUGCGCAGCCGGGGCUGCUCAGAACUUCUCGGGAAUGAUGUGUGUGCGCUUCGCCAUCGGUUUAGCUGAAGCGGGCUUUUAUCCCGCCGUGCUCUACCAUAUGGCCUUUUGGUAUAAGCCUUCUGAGAUGCGGUGGCGGAUCGCACUCUUCUACUCCCUUGGUCAGGUAUCCGGUGCAUUGAGUGGAUUGCUUGCAUACGCGAUCAGCUUCAUGGAUGGUGCCGGCGGGCUUUCGGGCUGGAGAUGGCUAUUCAUUCUUGAAGGUCUGCCGGCAAUUCUUCUGUCUGUUGUGGCAUUAUUUGGGCUGCCUGAUUAUCCUGAGACGGCGCGAAUGUUGACAGAAGAGGAGAGAGAAUUUUUGAAAGGGAGGCUUUCUGACGCUUCGCCCUCUGGCAAGGAUAAGAGUUGGGACUGGGCCGGGCUCAAGGCUUUGCUCAAGAGCCCAACGCUUUAUACCUUUUCGAUCUAUUGGAUUGGACACGGGAUUGGAGGAUUCGGCGUGAAUUAUGCUUUGCCAACAGUGAUCUAUGAACUGGGCUUUACUACGACAGCUCUGUCACAGCUGAUGAACAUUCCUCCAUAUGUCGCGUGUUUCUUCUUUUUGAAUAUCUUGGGCUAUCUCCUCCACAAGGGAUGGAUCAGGCCCUGGACCACUGCAGUCGCGAUCGAGAGCACCACGAUCAUCUGCUAUAUCAUCUUGAUCACUGUGAAAAACUCGGUGGUCAAAUACCUCGCCUUGGUGGUCGCCACUGCUUGUGCCGGUUCGGCAUAUCCCGUCAUCUGGCCAGAACGUAUUCGUGCAUUGGAAGGCACAGUCGCCGUGGGGAUUGGCAUCGGAUACACGAACGCUUUGGCUCAGUUCAGCGGAAUCGCUGGGCCUCACAUAUACAGCACGGUCUUUGGCCCGACGUAUCAUGUGUCAUAUGUCAUUUGCCUUUGCUUCCUGUGCGCGGCGAUUUCAGGUGUUUUAAGCUCAUGGUGGCUUGUUUGGAGGAAGGAUCGCAAGAAUGAGUCUGUGGGAGAACGUGAUGCCCCGUGA